UUAGAAGAAAAAAGCUUCCUCCUUUGGAAGUGGAAAUGCUAAAGCAGGUUCUGCUUCCGUACGGUGUUCACUUCCCUCGUUCCUUUUUCUUACACUCUCCUCCUCCUCCUUCUUCUUCUUCAACAUUGCCGCUACUACGAACCCUACGAAUCUCAUCGUUCAGCUCCAUUAAGAUGGCUGGGGAAGAAGAAAAACAAGAGUUGAAAUUUGGACCCUACAAGAUACACAAAAGCGAAGUGUUCUACGCAACAAAUCUCUCUUACGCCAUGGUCAACCUCCGUCCCCUUCUUCCUGGUCAUGUGCUCAUCUGUCCGAAACGUGAAGUAAAGCGUUUUGUUGAUCUCACUGCUGAGGAGACUUCUGAUUUGUGGCUCACUGCGCAAAAAAUUGGGAACCAGCUUGAGAGCUACCACAAGGCUUCGUCACUUACAUUUGCUAUCCAAGACGGACCUCAAGCGGGACAGACAGUACCUCAUGUUCACAUUCAUGUUGUUCCCCGAAGAGGUGGCGAUUUCGAGAAGAACGACGAGAUAUAUGAUGCAAUGGAUGAGAAGGAGAAGGAAUUGAAAGAAAAGCUUGAUUUGGACAAAGAGAGGAAAGACAGAAGCUUUGAAGAGAUGGCUCAAGAGGCAGAUGAAUACAGAAAACUCUUCUUAUGAGCUUGGACUUGAUUGACCAUAUAUUAGUCACACAAAUUCUAGCUGAAAAGACUAUAGUUUUUCUUUUUAGGGAAAUUGACGAUUUGGUUUGGCUCAAAUUAACUUAUGUUCUUAUUUGAUAUAUUGCAUGAUGAUACAAGUAACCUUAUGGAUGCCUAUGCCAGUUUGACAGUUAUGGAAUGCAUAAUUGAGUUUUUGAGUUUCUGUUUACAUAA